GAUUUUAUCGUAGGCGAGAUUUAGCGAGACCAUAAUAUCAAAACGUCAGCACGACCUUGUCAGGCGCUCAACAGUUGUGUGAUUCAGUGCAUAAAACUUAACGAAUUACAUCGUCAAUUUCUCUGUCCUGGACUUUGUCUAUGUACUUACAAGAUGGUUUGAACCUUGAGGUUUGACAGAUGCUGUCAUAGCAUCCAUAAUUGAAGAUAACGUGCAUGGAUGACCACUAAAAGUGCAAUCCAGCGGUUGUAAGCAUUACGUUACAAGACUUAGGUAAGAUGUCUGCCGACGAAGACUUGGAUCUGCCCUUUUACGACGAUUAUUUUGGACCGAACAAACCUCUCGCCCUGAGUGACAUUGAUACAGCCUCCAUCAACAGUAUAGAUUCAGCCGGAUCUGAGAGUGACCUGAUCAGACAGCGCAGUGUUCGGAGCAGAGUGGACCACGCACGGCGACUCUGGAAGUUCAACUACCAGGAAGCAUCUAUAUAUCUACAGGAAGGAGGAAACAAUGACAAGUUUGACACCCACCCCCACAGUCACAAGGCCCUGCCUGCCUACCUACUGGUGCAUCAGACAUGGUUCUAUGUCAUGGACCUGGCUGUCUCCCUGCUUCUGCUUGGUCUAGCAUUGUUUGAGCCCCCGGCUUUUUACUCAAUCGACAUUGCAAUUCAUGGAUCUCUGGAACUAUUUGCACUGGUGCUGCUGGGUGUGGAGCUUGGUCUGAAGAUGCGAUGGUUGGGUCCCAAGGCUUUUGCCACUCACAAGAGAACCAUGAUAAAGACAGUGACACUGGUGGUCAUGUUUGCUGAAGCCAUCAUCGUACUUAUACGCCAGAAGAGCCAUAUACGCGUGACGCGAGCUCUCCGCCCGAUAUUCCUCAUCGACUCACACUACUGCGGAGGGGUGAGGAGAACCUUGCGGCAGAUUCUCCAGUCACUACCACCCAUCCUGGACAUGCUGGUUCUUCUUCUGUUCUUCAUGCUCAUCUUUGCUAUACUCGGAUUCUACUUUUUCUCCCCGAACAAAGAUGACCCUUAUUUCCGUACCUUGGAGGACUCUUUCAUCAACCUAUUUGUGCUCCUGACAACAGCAAACUAUCCAGAUGUGAUGAUGCCUGCAUACAAACAGUCCCGCUGGUCCAGCAUGUUUUUCAUCCUCUACCUGUCACUGGUGCUGUACUUCCUCAUGAAUCUGUUGCUGGCUGUGGUGUACGACACGUUUCUGGGGAUAGAGAAGAGUAAGUUCUGUAAGCUGUUUCUACAUAAACGAGAGGCUGCAGAGAGGGCCUUCAGGCUACUGGUUAGCCGACGGAACCCCAGUUUUGUGAGCUGGACUCACUUCCGUGGGUUGAUGAACCACUACAGACCAGGGAAGAGUGAACGGGAUGUCUACCUGGCCUUCAAGGCUAUCAACACUGGUGGGGACGGGAAAAUAAGCUUGGAGGAAUUCUACCGUGUCUAUGAAGGAGCUAGGUUCAGCUGGAAGCACGAGGCAGCAGGAGCCUGGUUUGAGGUGUGGAAGCUUCCCACACCACUAUUCAUUGCUGCCAAAGGAAUCUACAAGCUGGUGACACACAAGUUCUUUGAGUAUUUCAUUUAUCUAGUCAUCAGUGUCAAUGGGUGCUGGAUUCUCGCUGACACCAUCAUCAUAUCUAAUGACGACAGCAAAUCUCCUGCUGAUGUAGAAGUUACCUGGAAUGCCAUUCUGUUUGUCACAAUCUAUGUCGUGGAGGCUUUACUGAAGAUCAUUGGUCUAGGAGCUUGGACAUACUUUCAUUCAGGAUGGAAUGUGUUUGACUUCCUGGUCACAGUAGCAGGAAUUGUGGGAACAUUGGGUCAGAACUUUGACACCGGAGGUGACCUGGACCUGACCUUUCACUACAUCCUGGUUCUUAGACCGCUCCGACUGCUCAGGUUGUUCAAGGUUAAGAAAAGGUACAGAGAUGUCCUGGGGACAUUCUUCGCUCUCCUUCCCAGGAUGGUCAGUGUUGCAGUUGCCCUUCUGAUCUUUUACUUCUUCUUCUCCAUCAUCGGGAUGGAGGCCUUUAAUGGCCUGCCUCUGGCAAACUGCUGCAAUGGCACAAGUCUAGCAGACUACUACAGAAAUGACUCCAAUAGUCCACAGUUUUAUCUCAACAACUUUGAUGACAUCCUUCGGAGUGGAGUGACACUCUUUGAGCUGACUGUGGUGAACAACUGGUACAUCAUAAUGAAUGGCCAUGUUGCAGUGACAACCAAGUGGACCUAUCUGUACUUCAUGUUGUUCUACAUUGUUACGAUGGUUGUGUUGACCAUCAUCGUAGCCUUUAUCCUGGAAGCCUUCCUCUUCAGGAUCCAGUGGGAGAGGAAGAUGGACGAGAGCAUUGAUGAUGACAGAAUUGAGGUUUCCGUCAGUAUCAGCCGUGAUGAGUUUGAGAUCCACUUCCCACAACCCUGGAUACAACAAGACACCAUCACACUAGCAGACAGCCUGCAGACAACGGAUACUGUGCAGUUCCGAGGUGUCCGUAUGAGAACCAGAGACGACCUGAGCACACAGAUGUACAGAGAUGAAGUAAAGGAUUGGCUACGAGAAGAGGCAGAACGACAAGAGAUGGAACUUAGGAGAAGUGACCUGGAGGCUGAGUCAGAAAACAUCUGCAGGGAAGACAGAUCCAACACUGUUUAAGUGGGCUCGCUGGAUCAAGUAAUAUACAUUAUACAUGUAUCUAUAUGGGAUUUUAAGUCUAUUUUUGGUCUCUACUCCCCAACCCCUGGUGUAUAUUACUGAAGGUUGCACUUUGAAUGUAUGGCCAAGAUGAUCAAAUAUUACCAAAGAAGAUAUUUUCCAAAGCUUAGACAGUAACAUAAGAACACUCACUAUCCUGCAGACCAAUUAGGAUGUGCUUUUGUCUGAAAAAAAUGCUCAAUUACAAUUCUUCAAAGUCAGUGAUGUGUUACUGUGUUUUGUAUUUGUAACAAAAUUAUUUGAACUUGCAAAGGUGCUACUUUAGUACAUGUUCAGUUUAAAGUUGCAUAAAAUGGUGGAAAUUUAUCAGAAUAAAUUGUACAAAAAUAACUUAUAUUUAUACAUAUUAUGUAAUCUUAUCUUCCAAUAUUUUAUCUUGCAUUGAUU